GCCAGGCAGGCACUGGUCCAGUGACUAAAAUGAUCGUACCGUGAGCCAGCCUUCAGUGCCUCCAAAAGUGGCUGACUGCUACACAGGAGCUCGGCUUUCUUUGCAAUUACUCCAGUUUCCCCCCGGCGACUGCAGUGUGCGCUCCGUUUCGGUUUUGUUUGCCUUUUUGUUUCUCCCUCCCACCCACCGGUCUCCAUCUCUCUCCUCCCGUGUCCUUCUCUCCAGGAUGGCGGAAGCAGAGUUGCACAAGGAAAGGCUCCAAGCCAUAGCAGAGAAAAGGAAAAGGCAGACAGAAAUAGAAGGCAAGAGACAACAGCUUGAGGACCAGAUACUUCAGCUGCAGCAUUUCAAGUCAAAAGCUCUUCGGGAAAAAUGGCUGCUACAGGGAAUUCCUGCUGGCUCUGCAGAAGAGGAAGAAGCCAGAAGGAAGCAGUCAGAAGAGGAUGAGCUGAAGGUGAAAAGGCUGGAAGAAAACAUACACAGACUGGAACAAGAAAUACAGAAAUUAGAAAGUGAAGAAUCACAAAUAUCUGCCAAAGAACAAAUAAUUUUGGAGAAACUAAAGGAGACUGAGAAAUCCUUUGACAACUUGCAAAAGAGUUUCUCCCACCAGGAUGGUGAUGCAGUAAAUUACAUUUACUCCCAGAUCCCUGAACUCCCAACCCUCUAUUCACGAACAGCAGUGCCAGUUCCUGGGUGGGACGGAUCAAGCAGAGUAGCUGCUUUGUGCACCAUGGAAAUUAAUGUGGAGAAAGACAAACAGACAGGAGAGACCAAGAUUGUCUCUGCUUCACCUGUUGGCCCAGAUGAGGCCCAUCAAAGAGGAUUCAAAGUCUAUGAUGAUGGUUCCAAGGUAGUCUAUGAGGUUCACUCUGGUGGCACAGUGGUAGAAAAUGGAGUACAUAAAUUAAGCUCAAAGGACGUAGAUGAACUUAUGCAAAAAGCUGGACAAUCAAGUGUAAAAGGAGGGUAUGAAACAAUGACUGUGUCAGACAAAAAUGUGGUAGCCGAUGGAAACCUUAGCCAUAUGAAGGAGCAAAUGCUCUUCAAGGAGGCAAAGCUAGAAAUGGUACACAAAUCCAGCAAAGGACAUGCUGUGAACCCUCAGCCACAAGACAAACCCUGUGGUGGUGAAACCCCAGAGCCCACUGCAGAUCAGCCGGUGACAAUGAUAUUUAUGGGCUACCAGAACAUCGAUGACGAAGAGGAGACAAAGAAAGUGCUGGGCUACGAUGAGACCAUCAAGGCAGAGCUUGUGCUGAUCGACGAAGAUGACGAGAAGUCACUGCGGGAGAAGACAGUGACUGAUGUUUCCACCAUGGAUGGGAACGCUGCAGAGCUGGUCUCUGGCAGGCCCCUGUCGGACACGACAGAGCCCUCCUCUCCCGAGGGGAAGGAAGAGAGCCUGCCCUUGGAAGCUGCCCCAGGUACACAAAAGAAAAAGCGCUGUCAAUGCUGUAUUGUCAUGUGA